AGCCGCUCCGGGCGGGGCUGCCUCUGCCGCCCUCCCACCCCCUUUUCCCCGCCCCCUCAUAUGUCGCUGCUGCCUCAGAGCGCGCCAGGAGCCAGGAGACUACAGGGGGAUCGGAGUCGUUGGCCACCAUUGAAUAAAAGUUCAGCAAGUCUUCAAUAAAAAUGGCCACCAAUAAAUCUACAUUGCAUAAAAUGGGAAAGAAACAGAAUGGCAAAGGUAAAAAAGUUGAAGAAGCAGAACCUGAAGAAUUUGUUGUGGAAAAAGUCCUGGACCGACGUGUAGUUAACGGCAAGGUGGAGUACUUCUUAAAGUGGAAGGGAUUUACUGAUGCUGAUAACACAUGGGAGCCUGAAGAAAAUUUGGAUUGUCCAGAGUUAAUAGAAGCUUUUCUGAAUUCUCAGAAAGCUGGUAAAGAAAAAACAGAAGGUACCAAAAGAAAAUCCCUUUCAGAUAGUGAAUCUGAGGACAGCAAAUCAAAGAAAAAGAGGGAUUCUGUUGAUAAACCCAGGGGAUUUGCACGAGGUCUUGAUCCUGAACGAAUAAUUGGAGCCACAGAUAGCAGUGGAGAACUCAUGUUCCUUAUGAAAUGGUCUAGAUGGAUUACAUCCAAGGGUUCUGAAGGAGCUGGCAGACGUGAUCUCAGAACCACUGAACACAAUCUUUCAAAGAUCCUGGAGCACCGAGAAAUACCAGAUGCCUAGAGAGAAGAGCUGACGUUCUCAUCUUCAAAAAAGAAAAAAAAAGAUCGAAAAUAUUGACCAAUCAGCCUGACAUCAAAGCCUGGGAAGAUCCUGGAAAAGAUAAGCAAUGAAUCUGAACACCUAAAGGCAAGCAAAGUUAUAAUCGGAAACCAACAUGGGUUUGUCAAAAACAGAUCAUGCCAGACAAAUCUUAUUACAGUUUUUGACAAAGUGACUAAAUUAAUGGACCAGCAAAAUGCUGUGGACAUAAUUUACUUGGACUUUAGUAAGGCAUUUAAUAAAGUAGACUACAACCUACUGCUUGGUAAGAUAGAAAGAUGUGGGUUAGACGGCAUUGCCAACAGAUGAAUUCAUACUAGUUGAUCAACUGCACUCAACGUGUAGUCCUCAAUGAAACUACAUCUACGUGAAGGGAAGUAUGCAAUGAGGUACCUCAAGGUUCUGUCUUAGUCCUAGUAUUCUUCAACAUCUUCAUAAAUUAUUUAGAUGAGUUAGAACGGAAAUUCAUCAAAUUUGCAAAUGACAUCCAUCUUGUAGGAAUAGCCAACAGUAGCCAACACUUUAAAAAAUAGGCUCAAGAUCAAAAAAGAUCUUGACAGACAUGGAACACUGGGACCUAUCUCAAACAUGAAAUUCCAUAGUGAGAAAAGUAAGGUUUUAUAUUUCAGAAAGAAAAAGUAAAUGCCCAGAUAUAGAAAAAGUGGUAGCUGAAUAGCAGUAACUCAGAUAUCUAGAAUCUAAGUGGAGCAACACUUAAAUAUGAGCCAGCAGUGCGCUGCAGCCACAAAAAAAAGCCAAUACAGUCCUGGGCUGCAUUAAUAACGGAUAGAUUCAAGAUCACAUGAAGUGCUAGUACUGCUUUAUAAUGCCUUGCUAAGAUCACAGUUGGAUCCAAUAUUGUAUCCAAUAUGAUACAUGAUACCAAAAAAAAAGAUGUUAAAAGACUACAGAAAAGAGCAACUAACUAGGAAUGAGGCUAAAAUCUACAGUUGCAUGAAUUGGGCUAAUGAAAAGGACUAGAAAUGACAUAAUAGUCUUCCAAUAUUUAAAGGGCUGCCACAAAGAAGAUAGGAUCAACAAUUCUCCAAAGCAACUGAAGGAGGGGCAAGAAGUAAAGAAUGGAAAUUAAUUAAGAAAUCCAACCUAGAAAUAUGGAAACGUUUCCUGACAUUUAGGACAAUCAGUGGAACUUGAGAAGUUGUGGAUGCUCCAUCACUGGAGAUUUUUAGGAAGAUAUUAGACAACUAUUUGUCUGACAUGGACACACAUUGCUCAAUGUUGCAGGAAGGGAUUUAUAGAAUCUCUUUAAACACACACACACACCAUUUCAAAGAGAGAUCUCUUCCUGUUAACACCAUUGAGCAACAGGUCCUGGACAGCUCCCAAAGCUAAUGCAUGGUGUAUAUUAUAGUCACCUAAAAGGCAAUGGCACAAAAUUUCACCAUUUGGUCAGGAUACUGCAAAAUGCCAUAUAUAUAUAUGUAUGUUUGAAGCUUAUUGAAGCUUCAAUAAAACUAGAUUUAAUGGACUGGUCAUAGGUAGGUAACCACUAACCAGAACAUAGCACAACUGCCACUCAAGUACCGAAUUGGUUUUCUGUUAUAUUCCAUAUGCAAUUCAAAAUAUUGCUUUUUCCUUUUAAUGCACUAUAUGGCUUGAUAUUGAACAUUUCUCACUCAACUUUUAUCAUUGUGAUGAAAGUUUUAAUUAAAAAUUAUUUUAAGAGGGAGCUUGAAUUAUAUAAUGUUAUCUUCUGUUUUUAUAGCUGUGAUUGGUGGGUUUUAAAAACUUAUGAUUCCAUUAUUACUGUUACAUAAAAAUUAACCCCCUGAGAAAGUCUUAAUUGUGAUGGGUAAGAAAAUUGAAUAAAAAUUUAAUGAAGAAUAGAAAUUAGUAGUAGUAGAAAUUUAUAAUGCCUUGAAUGUUUAUUGAAUAAAGAAGUGAGUAAUCGAUAUAUAAGAAAUAUAUGAAGAUAUUUUACCAUGUAGAAAAAAUGAAUUAAGAUCACAAAGUUAAAUAUAUGAAGGAAGAAUGAACUGUCAAGCAGAAGGGGAAGACCUAGAAAGUUGUAGGCUGAUGAAAUUCCAAAAAAAGCAUAAAAGGUUUAAAGAACAAAAGACAAUAUAUGAAAAAAUGUAUGGAUGUGUGUAAUUGAGGAUGAGAAAUAUUUUAAUGUGUUAUCUCAUGCUUUUAAUUUCUUCACUUUAGUAUAGAUAGGUCGUGAUUAGUGUGAAUUUAAAUAAAUCAAUAUUCAGUUUA